GGAUGCUACGGCGAUCGGCGCGGGAGCUGCGUCCGUCGGAUCGCGGGAAACGGUGGAUAUCUAUUCUUGAAUUUAUUUAUUUAUUUAUUUAUUUUCUACGCUCUCUCCAUUUUUUCUCCUCCUCCUCCUCCUCCUCCCUCUCCCUCUCCUCCUCCUCCUCCUCCUCCCCACCCCUCUCCUGGCGUGCUGUUGUCGAAAAGGACGAUGGGGUCUUGCGCUUGAAAUCGGAUAAAGAUGGAGGUGAACGUGGCGGCUCCGGAGCUCGGCGUACUACGGAGGUUCCGCCGCACAUGAGGGCGGAUGGAGCUGUGAUUUCUGGGGGGGGGUUUUCACAAGCGGGAUCUUUUGUAUUUUUUUUCCCGGGGAUCGGGCCGAGCUCUCCUGUGGUGAAUUGAGCUAUUGUCGAGGACUGGGCCUCUGAAGCUUUUUUUUUUUUUACAUCUUUGACCAUCCGUCCAUCCCCCUCCUCCUCCUCCUCCUCCUCCCGCCAUUCCUCCCCCUCCUCCUCCCUCCUCCUCCUCCCCCCUGCUGCUUUCCACUCAAAAAGGAACAAGUGGAUCCCUAAACUGAAAUCUCCCCUCGCCGUCCUCCUUCACUCCCAAUGCCCCAUUUCCCUCAUCUCUACCCCUGCUGCCCCCACCUCCUCCUCCUCCUCCUCCACCACCACCACACUCUCCUCCUCCCUCCUCCCACAUCAGAGCGGCUACGUAAUGUGCCUCCCUACGCAUGCAAAUGGGGAUGCUACAAAUGGUGGCUGGGACUGAUGCCGAUGAAAGGGUGAUGCCUCGCGCAAUCACCUCCACCUCCUCCUCCUCCUCCUCCUCCACCACCACCACCACCACCUCCGCCGCAGAUCAGCCUGGGAGAAGAGCCCAGCAGCCGAGGACCACCGCCCGCAGUGUGCACACGCUCGUUUGCAGCUCGCAGCCCGUGGAUGUGGAUGAGACGCGUGCGUGAAGGUGCACACUGGUUCCUGCCAUGUCCGGUGUGUGAUCGCUCUACCGGGACGUUCUUACUGAUGCGGGGGAGGCACUGAGCCUGAGGUGGGUCGACCUCCCCCUGCACACCCCCCCCCUUCCCUUCCCUCCCCACCUCCCGCCUCCCUCUCCACCUUACCCCCGGAAGCCCCCCCAGGGUAAAGGGGUCACGAUGAAGAAGACCCGCAGCAGCACUGUGCGGCGGGCCUGGCCCAGCUCGGAGCUCGCCGAGCGGCCGCCGGAGCACAACCUCUCCCGGAGCGAGAAAGACAUCCGUGUGCAGAAGCAGCAUCUUCCUCCCCCUCCUCCUCCUCACUUCUCUCCGUCCCCGCCGAGCUAUCGUGUGCCAGGUGACGUGUCUCCGAUCAGUAUGUCACCCAUCAGCCAGUCACAGUUCAUCCCGCUGGGGGAGAUCUUGUGCCUGGCCAUCUCUGCUAUGAACUCUGCCCACAAGCCCGUCAACCAGGAGGCUCUGGUGGAGCACCUCACUGCCAGCUUCCCAGGCGUGCCUACACCCAGCUCUGAGGUUCUGCGACAUACCCUGAACAUGCUGGUGCGAGAGCGGAAGAUCUACCCAACUCCAGAGGGCUACUUCAUCGUCACUCCCCAGACCUACUUUAUCACCCCCUCCCUCAUCAGAACCAACAACAAGUGGUAUCACCUGGACGAUCGGCUGCAAGAGCGCCAACCGCAGCAGCAGCAGCAGCAGCAGCAGCAGCAACCUCAGCAGUGCACUUCGCCUCCGUCUGGCAACGUCACGCCAUCCACUCACCUGAGAGAGAGGCCUCCUCGGAAGAGCCACGGUGACUCAUACAACUCGUACCGCGACGAGCCCACCAGACUUCACGCCUCUGCGCUCCAGAGUAAGUCACCGAAGGAGCACAGGGGAGAUUCGUAUCAAAGUAAGCCACCCAAGGACCACGGCGGCGGGGAACCUCAACCGAGCACGACGGCCAAGGAGCACCGAGGAGAACCGCCUUCGUACCCCCACCCCCCACUCCCCUCCCCUCCUGUCCAGCAGAAAUCGCCACCUCAAGAGCCAGCCGACAAGAGCAAAAGCAUCACUUCUUUCGCUUAUAAAACUGACACUCUGACCAAAAAGAAAGAAGGAAGUGGUGGCAGCGGAACUGGCGAGAAGCAAUCCAAGAGGUUUGGACUCAGACUCUUCAGACUGAGUUUCAAGAAGGACAAAAUGCGGCAGCUGGCCACCUUCUCAGCCCAGUUCCCCCCGGAGGAGUGGCCUCUUCGUGACGAGGAAGUGCCAACCACGCCCAUUCCCCGCGAGGUGGAGAUGGAGAUUAUCCGCCGAAUCAACCCUGACCUAACAGUGGAGAAUGUGGCAAGGCACACGGCCGUGAUGAAGAGGCUGGAGGAAGAGCGUACGCAGAAGAACAAGGUGGGGUCGUCGGCCCAGCACAGUGCGCGCAGCAGGAGAGGGAGGGGCCACCGGAGGGCUCCACACGGUAAGUCCCGCUCUCAUAGCAAACCCCGGACCUCUAGGGGGGACCCGUCUGAGGGUUCAAACUGGGACCUCGUGUUCAUGGAAAGAGAUUACCGCUUCUUCAGCCACUCGCUCGUCCGCUCGCCUCGGGAGGCCAUGUACACGUUGGAGCGCAGGCGGAGUGGUGGCGCAACGUAUCUGGUCCACAGCAACCCCAACAUUACUGAAUCGUCCUGCCCUGUUACCCCUGAGUGGGACGUGUCUGGGGAGCUGGCCAAGAGACGGACGGAGAUGCCCUUCCCCGAACCGUCGCGCGGGACGUGCCAGUCCAGAGUGCAGAGAAGUCACAGUCACAAUCAGGACAGGAAGUCGCGUCACGAGAGGUCCGAUCAAGCUAAAGAGCGAUCUCGGUCAAUGGACAACUCCCUCAAGGGCCUGUCGCUGGGUGCGCCUGAAGACUUCGACCCCAGUCUGGAGGAGCGUAGUCACUACUACACUGAUGAUGGCACCCUGCGGGCCACACAGAAGUCCUCCCACUACUCAAGGAUCAUGUUCUCUGCUGCUAAGUUCCACUCUGACUUUAAUGUGCCUGAUAUGGGGAAGGGGAGUUUGGACGAGUCAAGGAUUCGGAGUACAAUAGAAAGGAACAAAAGCAGAGACAGCUUGCCUACGUACAAUGAGCUAAUGGGACUUUCUCCUAAGCCCUCAACAGAUGAGUACUUCCAGUGCAAUACGUCAAACGAAACAAUCCUAACUGCCCCUUCGCCUCAGGCAAAAUCAGAAUAUGACACAUUAACCUCAUCAGGGGGACUCCGCAAGGGCUCUCCGGCUGACCGCCAAACGCCUCACCUCACCUCUCCUCACACGAUGGAGUACAAAGAGGACUUGUCGGCAGCGAAAGGACAGAACGGCUCGGUGCGACUGACGCCGAGCCAGACGCCGGAGCCCGUGCAAAAUGCCCGUUUGACGCCACACCAACACAACGUGGAUCCCGGAGGGGGAGGAGGCAGCAUGGUAAUCAAGAGGAAGGAGAUCUUCAGCAAGGACACUUUGUUCAAACCUCCACACAAUGCCUUGUCCACAGGCUACGUGGACAGCAGCUACACCAAGUCCGGCACAUUGCGGAAAGCCUCACAUGCCAAAUCAACAGAGGCCCUAGACAAUCCUGAGCCCCAGCAGCCUUCCAAUUCAGCCACUUCCUCCGCGUCACCCGCAGUUUUACAGGGCUGCUUAGAGCCAAUCGUCCCCUCCGCCUCCUUUGACUAUUAUAAUGUAUCGGACGAUGAGGAAGAGGAAGAGGCAGAGGAGGACUCGCACAAAGAGUUGGCGACGACGGAGGACAACAAGGACCACGGGGAAGGGGGUGGGAACGGCGGUGGCGGCGGCGGCGUUGGGGAGGGAACCAUGCAGUGGCUCCUGGAGCGUGAGAAGGACCACGACCUGCAGCGGAAACUGGAGACCAAUCUGACCUUACUCAGCCCCAAGGAGACGGAGAACAGCAGCAGUCAGAAGUCGGCCCACUCUGCCCGUCUGGACAGCAUGGACAGCAGCAGCGUCACGGUGGACAGUGGAUUCAACUCCCCCAGGACACGCGAAAGCCUUGCAUCCAACACAUCCAGCAUCGUGGAAAGCAAUAGACGGCAGAAUCCGGCACUGAGCCCCGGCCACAUCGGCACCAGUGGUAUCGGACUGCCAUUCAGCUUUCGCGCCAUCCCAGAGCCCCCCACCACGCAGCCUGAGAAACUCCAGAAGUCGUCGAACUGCCUGGCCUCCAUCACCAGCGUCUGACGGGCAGCGCAGACUGAGACCGGGGAGGUGGUGGAGGAGAGAGGGAGCGAGGGCGUGGGGGGGUUUCACCAUUCUGACCCUCGCUGUCCUCAACCAACACACACACACACACACACACACGAGCAUACACAUUGAAGAAAAAACACGCACUCAUGCUCUCACACACACACACACACACACACACACACACACACACACACACACACACACACACACACACACAUCUUCAGACUCCUGAGAAUCCAUUUACUGGGACUGUUACAAAAACAGGCAUGGCUUCAAGAGACUGUUCCCACAGCUUCAAGAACUUUAACUGCAAAAAAAAGAGACGAAAUACGACAGAAUAUCAAGACCACAGUGGGUGAGGACACCUGCCUGAAGUACUUUGAGUUUGGUGACAUGGACUCUAGUUCGGCUUAUAUCAAGAUUCUUGAUUAUUGGUAUUGGAAAGUAGUAGACUAUAGGAUUCAAGUUACAUUUGGAAAUAUCAAAAAAACUUUUUAUAUUACUUAACAAUACAUGUCCAAUUAAAUGUUCUCCUUCCUGAAAUAGCGUCGAGUUCUUCAGGACGAUUCAAUGUAUCAGCACAAAUGUCCAGACAAUAACAGUUGAUCCUGAGAACAACGAAUGACAGAUAUAAAAACAUAAAUCAGCUCAGAUUUGUGUACCGCAAUGCAAAUGAUGUAUGUAUACUCGAUACUUUUGAUAUCCUAAUUAUUAUAAUGGUGGUAUUAAAGAUGCUAUGUGACCAAAAA